AUGGGCCAAAAACCAUCAAAGCCAAAAGAAGGCGCGACAAUUCAAGUCAUAGGCGCAGGCCUACCACGCACAGGGACGUCAUCCUUCAGUCAGGCCUUAGAAAUGCUGCUAGACGGCCCAGUCUACCACUGCGGUACGCAAUCAUCAAUGGGCCCACCAGCCGAAAUUAAAGGCUGGAUACCAAUCCUUCAGAAGUGGCUCAAAGGCGACCAGGUCAGUCGCGCGACAAUGUUCCCACUCCUGCGCCACCGAUUGGGGGGCUACGUUGCCAUAACGGAUUCCCCAGGCUCUCAGUUCGUCCCAGAACUGAUGGAAUUGUAUCCGGAUGCGAAGGUUAUUUGCACGACGCGUGAUCCGCUUCUCUGGGAACCCAGUAUGAUGCGUGUACAGAGUCUAACGGGUGUUUGGUUUGCGCGGCUUGCAUUGCUUCCGCUGGAGGGCAUGCGGCAUUUUAUUCCUUAUGGGCAUUUGCUUGCUGCGCAGUGGGAACGCUUGUAUGGGGGUGUUUCGGGGUAUCAUGGCCGCGAGACGUAUGAGAGGCAUAUUGCUUGGUUAACCGAGGUUGUGCCGAAGGAGAGGUUGGUCUUCUUUGAUGUUAAGGAUGGGUGGGAGCCAUUGUGUGAGGCUCUGGGGGCUCAAGUGCCCCCGGACCAGGCGUUCCCUCGCAUAAAUGAUUCCGAGGCUAUUGAGAAGACGGUCAAGUAUCAUUUGCGCAGGGGGUUGACUCGCUGGGCUGUGGCUUUUGCUGUUCUUGGCGUUGGGAUUGCGGCUUGGCGCAAGUAUUGGUGA